AUGUCCAGCGCAGAUGUUUUUUUGCUGACGAAACACAGGAACGAGCAACUAAGGCAAAACUUGUUUACCUUAGCAAGAGAGGGAAACGAAGACAACACAGAGAUCAAGUUGUUGAAAGAGGUAUUUGACAUACCGAGGAGCACAGUCCCGAGUACAAAGGCACCACUUAGUUCUAAAAUGAGUAGUAGCGUGAAUCCAGGACUUGUUAGUAGUAUAUCUAGAAGGAAAUUUGGAACACCUUUGAAAGACAAUAAACAGCUUUCGACGCCGCUAUCGCCAUCUUCAUCAGUAUCCAAAAAGAAUGUGCACGAAGACUUUGACCGGUUGACUUCGCUCAGGCAAAGCGUAAAUGAAAUUAAGAAUUCUAGGUACGAGCUACCUAGUAAAAGAGAAAAAGAGAAAGGAUACCAAGUAAAUCAAAUCGAGAAGGAAGAUAAUGUGGCCAGAGACUAUGAAAAGCCGGAAGACAAUGGUGACAGAGUAAAGAUUAGUUAUGGCAGUGGUACCGCUGCGACCAAAGGUAGCAGUAACCUCCUUCUCGCCAAACUCGAAAGCAAAAACCAAGAAAUUGAAAAACUCAAUGAGAAAAUCAACAACUUACUAUUGGAGAACCAAAAACUCUCCAACAAAUCGUAUGACAAUGAGGAUGAAAAGUUAACACUUAUCAAACAGCAUGAGCAGGAAUUGGAGAAGCGCAGUCAAGUAUGGCACCAAAAGUUAAGCGUGGAGAAAUCCCAAAAUCGGAAACUUUGUGAAACAAUAACCUUACAAAAGAGCGAAAAUGAAGAAUUGAGGUGUUCGCUUACCGAGGCCAAUGAAAAGAGGGAAGCUAUCACAGUUGGAUUGAGGACUCGGGUAUUGCAUCUAAAAGAGGAAUACAAUAAGGUUAUAAACAAGGUGGAAGAUUUGCAGAAUGAAAAUAGGCUUUUAGCAAAGCAAUUGCUACACCAACAGGGGCCACCGAUCCAAGGAGACAGCAUGCCAAGCAACAGAGGAGGUACUGGGGAAUAUGAAGAAGUGGAAGAAUCAACCACAGAGAUAAUCAAUGGAAGCUUCCAUGAUGAAAUUUCAAAUGAAAGUUCAGGGAGUGGCUGCGGCGCAGAGCAGGACUCUACAACAGAAUUUCUAAUCAAGGGCUAA